AAAAACGUCAUCGACCGAUUUGAAUUGUUUACACAGCGCCAAGUUUUAAAUCAUUUUAAAAUAGUUAUUUAAUUACAACCAUUACUAGAGUGAGCUGAGAGAACAUAAUUUAAGCAUAAUGCGUUUUACUAUUUUAAUAUUUCUUAUGUUAUGUUGGAAAUACAUUAAAUGUGAUCAAAAUGGACCAGACCCAUGGGACUACAAAAUAACUGAAACAGUUGUGGAUAAAAACAUUGACCACGUUCCUCCUGAUUUAAGAAUACCAUCCAAGAGAAGGGAACUUCGAGUUGCAAGCACAGUUAAUAAUAGUGACUGGUUUUACAAAAGAUUACUAGCUAUACUUCUAAAGGGUGGAAAGUUCAAGAAAAACGAUGGUGGUUAUGUAGAUGUGAUAAUUCAAAUGCAGUUUCCUGAAGCACACUGGACCAUACUGAAUGAGUAUCUGACCAAUAACAAUGCAUUCUCCGAAGAUAUGUUCCGGAAGUCCAUCGGUUAUGUACAGGAAGCCAUCAUCAAACCUUCAGUUACUGAAACACUUGUACAGGCAUGGACAGAUUAUGUGCACUUUUAUUUAGUAGAGUAUAAGAUGCACAUAACAUUAUUUUUUGGAGCUCUGGGAAUCCUGUGGAUGACUUGUAUAGUGUGGACCCGUAUUUCACAUAAACAUAUUUUCAUCUUAAUCAUGGUGGGCCUUUACCUGUAUGAAGUAUUUGUCUCGUAUAAGGAAGCUGAGCAGCAAGAGUAUGAUAGAUUCCUCUCAUCAGUGAAUACUUGCAAAUGGUAUUUCUGGUCGUCGAGCUGCCACGUCCCGGCGCCCGACCCACUGGUGUUCAUCAAACACAUGCACCCCCUGAAGAUAGCAAUGAGGAUCUUCACCCUGUUUGUGUCGGAACCUAUGCUGGCCAUCAGUGCCACCAUCACCACCAUGCUACAUGGCAUUACAGAUGGCCUGUGGUUUCCCUUGGACAAGAUUGUCUACGGUCUACUUGUAGUAAUUAUGAAUGGACUGCUUGUUAUAUUUUUAUUAUUGGUUCUAUUUAAUUUUAUACUAAACAUUCCGUUCAAUCUAAGCUUUGCCGGCUUGUUAAAUAUAGGUUUCCCACAAAGGGUGAGAAAUGUAUACAAUUUAUUGCCUAAAAGUCCUCCUUCAUCUGAACAGGGUGACAGAAUCAGUGGGGCUAAUUUAGAUAAGCUGUUAAAUGUUUGUGCACAAGCUAUCAAUAAUAAUCACACUGGUUCUACCAUAAAACAGCAAGCCAUUGCUUCUUAUAGAGCUAAAGUUAAUAAGAUAGAAGGAGGUAUGAAAAAAUCUGCUAGUACAGGGCGUUUGUGUGAUUUAGCUCAGGAGCAUCAGUCGUUAGUACCGAUAUAUAGGAAUAAUGUGAAGAAGACCAAAAGCAGGAAAGAAAUGGGAGCAGGCGAUUCUUGAGUAACCGAAUCGAGGAUCGUGAGAAAUGUACAAAGAGCCAAUGUAGUUCAAUCUUAUUGUUUUAAUCAAACUAAUAUCAGCUAGGUACUAUACACAUUAAUAAUAACAAGCGAUUUAAAAUUUACUUACAACUUUGCAUUUGGAUGCUGCCGCUGUGAAGAUUAAGUACAUAGUGUGUAACAUAACGAGUUCACUUACUAAUUUAUUAUUUAGCAACCUGUCUUAAGUGGCAGUGGGCUGGUCACAUCUGUCGAAGAACCGAUGACCGAUGGGGUAAACGUGUUCUCGAGUGGAGGCCGCGACUAGGCAAACGUAGUG